AUGGCCCCCCGGCCCCAGCCUGACUCCUGCCUGGCUGGCAGCCCCCUCGGCCUGAUGUGUUUGUCCCUUUUGCUCAUCUCUGCUGCAGCUGGACCCGACUGUGAGUGUAGCUUUGGCCUCAGCCGCGAGGCCCUCAUUGCCCUGCUGGCGGUGCUGGUGGGCGUCAGCGCCAGCUGCUUCUGCGCGCUCGUCAUCGUGGUGGUCGGCGUCAUUCGAGCCAAGGGUGAAACAUGCCCCGGACACAUGGACAGCAGGUUGGUGGGGCACUUCGGGGCUCAGGAAGAUCACAUGGACCUGCACGCGGGGCAUGUGGAGCCCCACUUCAUGGCCCCUGAAAUGGAGGUCUCCAUGAUGCCGCCCCUGGGAGAUCAUGGCCUCAUGCCCAUCACCAUGGACUCGACCCUAGAGGAGCUGCCCUCACAACCCCCACCGCCUGAGUAG